CCGGCAUCAUGAAGUGGAUGGUGGUGGCCCUGCUCUGCCUCCAGCUCCUGGAGGCGAAAGUGGUCAAAAUCUCCCUGAAGAAGUUCAAGUCCAUCCGUGAAACCAUGAAGGAGAAGGGCUUACUGGAGGAGUUCCUGAUGAACCACAAGCACGACCCUGCUCAGAAGUACCACUUCAACGACUUCAGCGUGGACUACGAGCCCAUGGAUUACAUGGAUGCUGCCUACUUCGGUGAGAUCAGCAUCGGGACCCCACCACAGAACUUCCUGGUCCUUUUUGACACUGGCUCUUCCAACCUGUGGGUGCCCUCUGUGUACUGCCAGAGCCAGGCCUGCACCGGCCACAGCCGCUUCAACCCCAGCCAGUCCUCCACCUACUCCACCAACGGGCAGACCUUCUCCCUGCAGUACGGCAGCGGCAGCCUCACCGGCUUCUUCGGCUACGACACCCUGACGCUCCAGAGCAUCCAGGUCCCCAACCAGGAGUUUGGCCUGAGUGAGAACGAGCCGGGCACCAAUUUCGUCUACGCGCAGUUCGAUGGCAUCCUGGGCAUGGCCUACCCGGCCCUGGCCGUGGGCGGGGCCACCACAGCCCUGCAGGGCAUGCUGCAGGAGGGCGCCCUCACCAGCCCCGUCUUCAGCUUCUACCUCAGCAACCAGCAAGGCUCUCAGGACGGAGGAGCAGUCAUCUUCGGGGGCGUGGACAACAGCCUGUACCAGGGGCAGAUCUACUGGGCCCCGGUCACGCAGGAGCUCUACUGGCAGAUUGGCAUUGAGGAGUUCCUCAUUGGUGGCCAGGCCUCCGGCUGGUGCGCCCAGGGCUGCCAGGCCAUUGUGGACACAGGCACGUCUCUGCUCACCGUGCCCCAGCAGUACCUGAGCGACCUUCUGCAGGCCACAGGAGCCCAGGAGGACCAGUACGGACAGUUUUUUGUGAACUGUAACAGCAUCCAGAAUCUGCCCACCUUCAGCUUCAUCAUCAACGGGGUGCAGUUCCCCCUGCCGCCUUCCUCCUACGUCCUCAGCAACAAUGGCUACUGCACCUUGGGGGUCGAGCCCACCUACCUGCCCUCCCAGAAUGGCCAGCCCCUGUGGAUCCUCGGGGAUGUCUUCCUCAGGUCCUACUAUUCCGUCUAUGACAUGGGCAACAACAGGGUGGGCUUCGCCACUGCCGUCUAGACUCAGCGCCCGGAUGCCUGGGCUCCCCUCUUCCUCUCAGGCCCCCACCUUGCAGGGGCUUCCCUCUGCUUCUGCUCUGGAUUCAGCCUCCCUUUUCUGGACUCUGGACUUCUUCUCUUAAUAAAUAGUUCUUCU